AUGCGGAAGAAAACGCCGCCGAUGGAAGAUCUGAUCAGCUCCUUACCGGUUGAAAUCCUCCACUACAUCCUCUCAUUUCUGCCAACCAAAUUGGCAUUCACCACCAGUGUCCUCUCCAAGCGGUGGAACUUAAUCUGCAACUCCCUCCCCGUGCUCCACUUCGACGACAAAGCCGAAGAAGAUGAAGAGGCCUACAUCCGCUUCCGCCGCUUUGUCGACAAGGUUCUUCUUUCCCCGCGCGUCCACCACCAUCCAAUCGAGACACUCUCCAUCGUCUGUCACUCCAAGCUCUGCAAAGAUCGAAGCCGGUUCAACACGGACGAGUGGAUCGAAGCCGCGAAACGGCGUCGCAUUAAGAAUCUCCAGCUAUCCACGUGGACUUCUUACUUGCACUUGCGGCCCAGCGUUUUUACCUCCCAAACGCUCGUGGUUCUGAAGCUGAUUGAUAUAGUCAUGGAUCAUGGUGUUGGUUCUAUUGAUCUUCCCUCACUCACAACCCUUCAUUUGAUUCACAUUUUGUUUCGUCAAAGGGACGAUGUAAAGAAAAUUCUUAAUGGGUGUCCCAUUGUUGAGGAUUUAACUGUAUUACCUCCCAAUUUUGAAGUUGGCUACACUACAGAAGGGUUUAAAACCUUGCCCAAGGUUGUGAAAGCACAUAUCAACGUAUUUGAAGUGCCUUUCAAUGCAAUUCCUAAUGUAGAGUUUCUGCACAUUAAGAUGGAGCGUGGGGAGGAAGCCAAAUACAUCAAUUCCUGCUUCAGAAAAAUGCCCGUGUUUCGAAACUUAAUCAACCUUCAGCUAACCUAUGUUCGCUUCCCGGGUUGGGUUGGUGUAAUGGAAGUGCUCCCUUACUGUCCCAAGCUUCAAUCUCUUGCCAUUGAAAAGCUUUGGUACGGGCAAAAUCACCAAGAAAAAUGGGCACAUACAAAAGAAGCUGUUCCAGAAUGUGUUUCAUUACAUCUUACAACAUGCUUUAUUAAAACCUAUCAAAUUGUUAUUGGAAACUAUCAAAUUGAAGACAUGUAUGCUUAUGAUUUUGAUUUUGCAGAAUAUAUACUACAGAAUGCAAGGGUUUUACAAGUGCUGACAUUUCACAACCCUCUCUCUGAUGAAUCUGAGAAGGACCGACUUUUUAAACAUUUAUCCAGGUGCUCAAGGAUCUCUCCAACAUGUAGAAUUGAAUGCAAUUAGUCCCUAAAUAUUUGUUGUUUCCAAUAAUAUCUUCUACCUAUGAAUGCAACUUCAGGAUUUGAUGGUAUGAAGGACAUGGAAUUUUUCUCCUUAUACAAAUUAUGGAGGAUUAAAUAUUUGCUCCUAUUUGAAGUUUUCAGUCUUUUACCUUAUGAACCUUAUGAAUAUGUGUUACU